AUGUCGUGGGAUCAAUACGUCGAGGCGUUGGUGGCUACUCAUAUAGUAGAUAAGGCUGCGAUAUAUUCUUUAUUUGGAGAGUUAGGGGCACAAACAGGUGAUUUUCAACUCACUGAUGAAGAAUUCGCCCUUCUAGCCAGCUCAUUUGAAGACCCUUCACCGUUGCAACAAGAUGGCAUGAACAUUCAGAAUAUAAGAUAUGAAUUGGAAAGUGCAGAUACAAGAUGCGUUCAUAUGAGAACCACUGGGAACGGAAUAGUGGCACGAAAAACUUACCAAACUAUCAUGAUGGGACACUACAGCCAUCAAAGAAACGCCCAAAGGGCCAUGGAAUUACUUGAAGAAUGGGCUGGGUACUUGAUGUGUGUAGGAGACUGA